AUCAUUCUCUGAACAGUCCACUCACUCCUGACACCAUGUGUUACUAUGGCGGAUACUAUGGAGGCCUGGGCUAUGGCUAUGGUGGCCUAGGCUAUGGCUAUGGAUGUGGCUAUGGCUGUGGUUAUGGCGGUUAUGGUGGCUAUGGUGGCUAUGGUUAUGGCUGUUGCCGCCCACUGUGCUGUAGAAGGUACUGGUCCUGUGGCUUCUACUGAGGAGAUUCUCUAGCUGCUCACUCCAACUUUCUUCGUUUCAGAGGUUCUCAGAUCUUCAUAAAUUCCAACCUCAUGAUGACCUAUUUGAAGAAAAAUAAACAAAAAGCAGCAUGGCCACCCAAUUCCCUAUUUUCAGUUUGAAUGCAUGAAUGUUUGCAGACAAGUUACUCUUUGUCAUCAUAAUGCCUUGUAAAAUGUCUGAAU